AUGAACGACAUGGUCUCUGCCGUCGAGCAUGCGUGGCCUCAACCAAUAAAUGUUCGCACGGCGGCUGCCAACCGGCCUGAUGGUGAGGUGCCUCAGGCCUUCAGGCAGAAACAGUCUAUCGUGCCGGGCGAGCUGGACAUUCGCAAGACCAUGGCGCAGGCUCAUCUGGGAGCUUCCCUGAGCCUUUGGGGCGAGGUCGAUGCCGCCUCAGGAGAAGAUCUGCUGAACGUCUCUGCCUUGGUGGUCUUCGGAGCCACGCUCGAUCUCGGGAGUGCUUUCUGGCGUGCGGUGGUGACGCGCCGGGAGAGGGACUUCGGCUUCGUGCACGCGUCGCGAAGAGGCGUUUGGGGCGCGUUGGAGCAUAGCAGGUUGCCAACGCACCGUGUGCUUCUGGACAUUGGGUGCGGCCAGCUGCGGAUUUUCGAUGACAGUGCAGGUGCUGAGCCAUACGGGAAGCUGGUGCACUCUGCCGAUUUAUAUGACCUCUGGAAGGACAAGGAGUUCGAUCCGGAGAACACAGAUUACGGGCCAUGCAUGUUUAUCACUGAAUCCUUUUGGCAAAAGAACUAUUUCUGCGCGGAGGCGAAAUCCAUGAAGUUCGUGCGAGAGGCCCUGUCGCUGCAGUUGGCGCGCUUCACUUCUAUUGGAGAGGCCGUGGUAGACGCGCAGGUGGGAGAGUUUGAUUCGAUCGCAGUUUUUCAAGGGUCAGCCGUGUAA